UAUUAGUGUGUCUGGGUUCGUGGGAACUCUCCUGCUUCUAUUCUCGGACAUCACGUCAGCUCUCCGCUCUCCAGCUUUUUUCUUCUUCGUCUGUUUCUGGACUUGUUGCUUUAGUUUCCCUCAGCGCUGUGUGGAUUCACCUCCUCGUGGUUUCACCUCCUCGUGGAUUCACCUCCUCGUGGUUUCACCUCCUCGUGGAUUCACCUCCUCGUUUCUGCUCCACGGACACGCACACACACGGCGCGUGUCCGCUAACCUGUGGCUGGUCGGAGCUCCGGAGGAGAAGCAGCUUCGUGGAUCUUCCGAACCUUCGACACCGCGGAUCCGUCAACAGCUGUUUGUGUGUCACGCGUGUGCGUGCGUGUGAUUGUGUCCCUCAGUGAGACGGCGUGCACACGCCUCUGCGGGGGGCGGGGGGAGCUGUUUAAAAUGCAGCUGAUGUGAGCGCGGAGCCAGACGGAGGUGAGCGGAGCGGCAGCAUGUCCGCCGAACCGGGCCGUCCGCUGCCGUGACACCGAGCCACGGACCGAACACUCACAGAACCAUGACGGUGGUGCCCGCAGAGAACCUGGAUGAGACGGUGGCUCUGGCCGCGCUGUCCGCCCAGGACGUGCUGGACCCGGAGCGGACCCAGAACCAGGACUGCUGCGAGCGCGUCGUCAUCAACAUCUCGGGGCUGCGCUUCGAGACGCAGCUCAAGACGUUGGCUCAGUUUCCCGCCACGCUGCUCGGAGACCCGCGCAAAAGGAUGCGCUUCUUUGACCCACUCCGGAACGAGUACUUCUUUGACCGGAACCGGCCCAGCUUCGAUGCCAUCCUCUACUACUAUCAGUCCGGGGGACGGCUCCGGAGACCCGUCAACGUGCCGGUGGACAUCUUCAUGGAGGAGAUCAAGUUCUACGAGCUGGGUGAGGAGGUGAUCGAGAAUUUCAAGGAGGACGAAGGUUUUAUCAAGGAGGAGGAGCGGCCGCUUCCAGACAGCGAGUUUCAGAGGCAGGUCUGGCUCCUGUUCGAGUACCCGGAGAGUUCUGGUCCGGCCCGGGGCAUCGCCAUCGUGUCGGUGCUGGUCAUCCUCAUCUCCAUCGUGAUCUUCUGCCUGGAGACGCUGCCAGAGUUUCGAGAAGAACCGAGAACCUUUGACCACCACCUGUUGGUGAACGGAACCUCUCGAGCCAAGAAGCCCAACCCGUUCACCGACCCGUUCUUCAUUGUGGAGACGCUUUGCAUCAUCUGGUUCUCCUUCGAGUUGCUGGUCCGGUUCCUGGCCUGCCCCAGCAAACCCGCCUUCUUCAAGAACAUCAUGAACACCAUCGACAUUGUGGCCAUCAUGCCGUACUUCAUUACUCUGGGUCUGGAGCUGGCCGAGCAUCAGGGCAACGGCCAGCAGGCCAUGAGUCUGGCCAUCCUGAGGGUCAUCCGCCUGGUCCGGGUCUUCCGGAUCUUCAAGUUGUCCCGCCACUCCAAGGGGCUCCAGAUCCUCGGUAAGACGCUACAGGCCAGCAUGAGGGAGCUGGGGCUGCUCAUCUUCUUCCUCUUCAUCGGCGUCAUCCUCUUCUCCAGCGCCGUCUACUUCGCCGAGACCGACGACCCGGAGUCCAGCUUCUCCAGCAUCCCGGACGCCUUCUGGUGGGCCGUGGUCUCCAUGACGACGGUGGGUUACGGGGACAUGUGUCCGGUCACCAUCGGAGGGAAGAUCGUGGGUUCGCUGUGUGCCAUCGCCGGCGUGUUGACCAUCGCGCUGCCGGUUCCGGUCAUCGUGUCCAACUUCAACUACUUCUACCACCGGGAGACGGAACACGAGGAGCAGCUGCAGUACACCCAUGUGACCUGCGGGCAGCAGCAGUUCCCCGAGUUCAGGAAGAGCGACAGCAAACCGUCUCUGUCCAAAGACGACUUCCUGUCCAAGGACGACUUCCUGUCCAAAGAUGACUUCCGGGACAGCGAGGACACCGACUCCAUCAAAUACACCAACUGCAGCCCACACAAAGGAACGUACACCGACGUGUGAGGAACCUCGGGCUGAAGAGCUUGUCUUUGUUCUUCACCACAACCACCAGAACCAUCAAAACCACCAGAACCACUGGAUUCUGUUCAAACCGUCUUCCAUUACGUCAUAAGUCCAGAUGACUGUAGCACUUUAUGAUCGUAUCGUUUCUUAGUAAGUCACAUGAUGCAGGUUAAAGUUUACAUGUGCUUUGUGUCCGAGUGCAGCAACAGAACCAUCAGAAUCAUCAGAACCAUCAGAACCAGAACCACCAGGACCACCUGCUGCAGCUGCACAUUCAACAGUUUAUUUUGAUCUGUAGCAGGUCUGAGCCUGACAGACGGCGUUCAGGGCAGCAGUUAUUUCAGUCCGUCUGGAUCAUGAUGGAAUCAGCCGCAGCCUUUUCCUGACCUGCAGCGCCACCGUGUGGACGCAGAGCGGCGCUGCACGCUGGAUGCAGUUUCUAUAGCAACCUUCCAGACUUUUCUGUCUUGUCUCCACAGGAAUGGAGGUGGAGGCUGGAACCACCAUGUUGUUGUGGAGCCUCCAUGUUGUUGGAUUUUAACAGGAGCUCAGAAAUGAAGCAAAUCCUCAGAAACAUUCGAUCUCUUUUUAGGAUCACAGCUUCCUCAACUCACCGUUUUAAUCACAUUUUAGACCAAAAGAAAACAUGAAAAUCAGAAUCAGCUUCACCAAUGUGGAUGGAAGUUGUACUAUAUUACUAUAUUUCAAAACAGAAAAUGAAAAAUCUUUAAUUUGAUUAGAAAUGGACGUGAUGUACGGACGCCCCAAAGGGCCAAAAUAUCAGCUGUAGGAUUUAUAGUUUGGUUUAAAUACCAAUUUUUGAAAACUAUCUGAGUUUAUAUGAUUUAAUCACAGAAAUUCUGGCAUUUGUAAGUUUAUUUGUUGCUUCCUCCUUUCUUUGUUAACCCUCAUGUCAUCCUGUGGGUCAAAUUGACCUGUUUUAAAGUUUGAAAAUGUGUGUGUGUGUGUGUGUGUGUGAGGGGGGGGGGGGGGGGAUAUUUUCACAGUGAAACUUCUGAUGUCUACAUUUUCAACAUUUUUGGGAAAUUUUUGAUUGGAAAAAAGAAAUGUCAAAAAUGUUUCUUAAGAACAUUCACAUAAAAAUCAACCAAAAUCCAGUGAAUUUUGCUGGAUUUUGGUUGAUAUUUUGUGAAUGUUCUUAAAGAAAAUAUCAGAAGUUUUACUGAUAUAUAUGUAAUCAUUUUAGAUAUUUUUAGGAUUUUUUGGAAGAUUUUUACUAAUUUUUUGAAAAUAUUUACAAGACUUUUCUUGCCAAAUUUGGGGGAUUUUUUUUUAAGUAAAACUUUUAAGGGAACCUUUUAAGGAAUUAUUGGAAUUUUCUUCCUAAAGGUUUUGCAAAUUUUCUGAAAUUUGGGGAUUUUUUGCUGAAUUUUUGGAGUUUUUUUUUCAGACAAGGAAACUAUAUUUUUAGUGCCCAUAAAUGAGGAUAACAGGAGGGUUAAAUAAACCAAAUUGAUUUAAACCACAUAAACUCAGACGUUUUUUCCCCAAAAUAAAGCGUUUAGAUGUUUUAAAUCAUAAUAAUAAUAUUAAUACUAUAUUAUUGUAAUAUAUAUAGUAAACAUCAUAAAUCCAGCACUAGUCAAAUGUUAAUUUUUGAGGUUUUUUUUUAAAGAAAAGUGUGGCACCUUUUUCCUUCCAUAGCGGUGAAAUAAGAUGAAAUCUGAGGUUUUUCUUUUAAUUAAUCAGUUCAAGUCCAUGACGAAGCUGCACGAGCUGAAGGACUCUUCAUGGUGGACUCACCUGGACUCACCUGGACUCUGGGACCACCUGCUGGACCUACAGUGGAUCUAACUGAUGGAAUAAAAAUGGAUGUUUAGCUGUGAAGCUUGAACUGGGCAUCCUGUUGGUGGAUUAUUUUCUGACCGAUGGAUGUUUAGAAGCCGACAGAGUUCAGGUUCUGGUCCAGACUCAGGUGAGUUUGUAGAAGCUUCAGUGUGUUUGAGACGCUCCAACUAACUAAUCUGAACCACUUCAAUCACUGAAACUAAACUGAAAGAUUCAUGAAACUUCAUUAUUUCUCUUUGAUAUUAAAGUAAAAAGUCAAACCUCUAAUAUUGUCUGAAUGAAAACAAACGCACAACUUCAAAAAUAAUAAACUAGACACAAAGAUCAGCAUAAAGACAAACAACAAGAACAAGGUCAGUCUAUAACUGAGGGACUUUUGAAGUAUU